AUGGGUGACUUAAAAAGAGUUGGGUUAGCGGAUCAAUCGAAUAAGCAUCGUAUAAAGUAAAGAAUUUAUCGAUUAGUAUAACAACAACAAAAAGAAAAAAAAAUUAAAUAAAAAUUUAGAAAAUCUUAAUAAAAAAAGGAAUAAUAAUACCAUAUAAAAAAUAAGAAUAAAAGAAGAAAAGAAAAAAUUUUAAGUAUAAAAAAUAAAGUAAGAAAAAAGAGUGUGGCAAACAAAGCAAAAAGGCAAGCAAGUCAAUAGGAAUUCAAGGAGAGACUGAAUAAAUAUUUUUGGCGAUAAGUAAUCUACUUUAAAAACAAAAGCAUCUGA